AUGUAAUUUAUUUCAAUAGAAGUUAUACUAUACAAAUUUUUCAUCUCAUUUAGUAUAAUUUUAUGUAACUAAAUACAACCUCCAAAAAAGGAUACUUAAAGGGGAUCAUUCGUGGCAAAUACACCGUUAUCUCCAAGAAGUCAGACUUCAAGGAAAAGCUCUCUAAUGAAUAGACAGUCAUUUGAAUAAUAAGAACUUUAUUCAUCAAGAAGGAUUGGAUUAAACCUAAAAGACCCUUAAAAAGUGGAAGAGAUGAUCAAAAUCAGAUAACAAAGAUUGCCUCGAAAGGAAGCGGCAAAGGACGGCGAGAAGGAUCUUCGAGAAAUAUCAAAGGCAUACGAUGUAUUAAAAAAUGCUUUGCCUGAAAUAAACAAUAACUAUGGAGUCAUAAAGGAUCAAGAACUGCUUUAGUUUUAUAAACAAUAGAUAGUUAUAAACUAAAAUCCUCGAAAGAAUUUUUUUGAGUUCAACACCUACUUUUAUAAGAAUUAUUAAGCGAACAACAAUGGUCCUUGCACAACUCUCCCUUAAUUGCUAAUAAAAAAGGUGGAAUCAUUUUAAAACAAAUUGGAAUAACUUAUUAAGGAUCGAUGA